GGGCUGUUACAUACUGUUUGUUUGUUUGUUUGUUUGUGCGCUAAUCUUUCGUUAUGUUGUUUAAGCUUUAGAAAGAACUUGUGAACUAUGAGUGUAUUUAUGUUCUUCCCUUUCAUCAUUUUAUUGGUUUCCCAGGUAAAUUUUUUCAUUGAUCAUGGGCAGAUAAGACUAGAACCAUGGGUUGGCUAAGCAAGAUUUUAAAAGUUGGAUCUGGCCAUAAAAUAGCUGAAACGAGUUACGAAUCGAACUAUGAGGAGGAUCAGAAUUCUCAUCUGCCCUCGACUUCGGAGGGUUUAUGGUCGGAGAACGAGAAUGACGACAUCGAUCGUGCAAUAGCGAUUUCUCUUGUGGAAGAUAGUCCGAAGGCAAAUAAUGUGAUUGAUCAUGAUUAUCAAUCGGAUGACGACGAACUUCUUGCCAAAGCAGUACAAGAAAGCCUCAAUCUCGACCCUCCUCCACAAUAUACAAAUGGACAUAUGUAUCAACCGUAUAUACCGCAAUAUCAAUUUGGUUCGAGGAUAUGUGCGGGCUGCUACAAUGAGAUUGGCUAUGGACGUUACUUGAACUGUCUCAACGCAUUUUGGCAUCCGGAAUGUUUCCGGUGCCGUGCUUGCAACCUUCCUAUUUCAGAUUAUGAGUUUUCGACUUCUGGGAAUUUUCCCUACCAUAAAUCUUGCUACAAGGAGAACUAUCAUCCAAAAUGUGAUGUUUGCAAGCACUUCAUUCCGACGAAUCCUGCUGGUCUUAUUGAAUACAGGGCACACCCUUUUUGGAUCCAGAAAUAUUGUCCGUCUCAUGAAUAUGAUGCCACUCCACGAUGUUGCAGCUGCGAACGAAUGGAGCCACAAGAGGUUAAGUAUAUUCCACUUCACGAUGGUCGAAAGCUUUGCCUCGAGUGUCUCGACUCUACGAUCAUGGACACGAAAGAAUGCCAACCUCUUUACUUUGAGAUACAAGAAUUUUAUGAUGGUUUGAAUAUGAAAGUAGAACAGGAAGUUCCAUUGCUUUUGGUUGAAAGACAAGCACUAAAUGAAGCAAGAGAAGGAGAAAAACAUGGUCAUUACCAUAUUCCCGAGACACGAGGACUUUGUCUGUCGGAGGAACAAACCAUUAGCACGGUUUUAAGGCGACCUAGAUACGAAAGGGGGAACCGAGUAACGAACAUGAUGUCGGAGCCCUAUAAACUAACACGUCAUUGUGAGGUCACGGCAAUUCUCAUCCUGUUUGGUCUUCCUAGGUUGCUUACGGGGUCGAUUUUAGCUCAUGAGAUGAUGCACGCAUGGCUACGUCUUAAAGGUUUUCGAACUCUAAGUCAAGACGUCGAAGAAGGUAUCUGUCAAGUUCUAGCACAUAUGUGGUUGAAUACCGAGCUCAUGUCUUGCCAAGACUAUAACGAUGUUGCCUCGACCUCGUACUCCGCUGCUCCCACGACGUCGUCAAGAAGAAAAACAAUGUCUAAAUUCGAGAGAAAACUUGGAGAGUUCUUUAAACACCAAAUAGAGUCCGACAUGUCCCCAGUUUAUGGAGACGGAUUUAGAGCUGGGCAGAUGGCCGUUCAUAAAUACGGUCUUCGGAGUACGCUCGAUCAUAUUCAAAUGACCGGUACCUUUCCUUAUUGAAACUGGAGACGUGUACGUACCCGUAAUCGAUAUCGAUUCUUUAAAUUUCUUCUUCGUUUCUGUUCUUGGCCUUCCAUAUUUACAGCUAAGGCCAAAUUCUUUGAAGGAAUCCACUUUGUGCAGAUUCAUUUA